CAUAAAACAAAUCCUGACAUAUAAAUAGUCAAUCAUAUUCCCUGUGAGAUUUGAUGAUAUAUAGGUUUUUAGAAGAAUAUCAAUCAAUAUAUUAACUUAAACAUGAUCGAAUAUUGCCAAAAGUAUGAUGGAAAAAGAACAUUUGAUAUAUUCUAUAGUGAAGAUGAUAAACCAAAAAGUGGAGAAGAAGAAGAUAGCCAAGAUCAUAAAAGAGUAGCUUCUCCCAUUAAAUCUGACUUUAUCAUUGAAGAGUCUACUAAUCACCAGAAACGAUUCAAAUAUACCCAAGUUGUCAUUGAUUUUAUCAGCGAUGAAAUUAGAACUUUUAAAGCUCUCAAAGAAGCAGUUCCAAAAGUCAAAGAGUUUUUAGAACAUAAAGUUGGUAAAUUAGAUGCUUGUGAUGAAUAUGAUCAGUUUAUUCGGUUAUUGGAAAGUUCCAUAAAUGCUAUUAUUUCAAAAUUACUCAAAUUAACUGGUUUACUGAAACUUAAACAAGAUUACAGUGAUUUAAUGAAACUUAAUGUAUUUCAAUUAGUUUACAAUGCUAGACUAGACAGAUUUGAUUUGGGAUAUAUCCUUUCAGAAAUAUUUUUUCAAAACUCCAAUCUUGAGCUGUUGUUUCUUAGGUACUAUUGCAAAUUAUCAUUUUGUUAACUUUUAGUGAUGAUGAAAUUCAACCUUUAUUAAAGCUCCCUUUGGUUCAUGUUCUGGAAUAUGCUUCUAAAUUUCAAGAUUUAAUUAACAGUUCUGGUCAAACCUUCCCAUCUCAUGGUUUGUCAACUUGUUUGACAAAGGUUAAUGCUUUAAAGGCUAAAUGUGAAACUAUGGCCAAGAUCCAAAUGAUAAAGAAAGAUUUCAAGAUAAAUGACGUUUCAGAUCUUGAAAAAGUGGGACAUAUUGUGAAGUGUAUAUUUACUAAAGAGAAGCAACCUAAACGAUAUGAUGAUUUUGAAAACAAAACUCCGGAAGAUUUUAAAAUGUCAGGUUACAAAACUAAGGAAGUAAAUGCUUCACUGAAGCGAAGCAUUCAUGCAAAGUUACCUUCCAUAAACAAGUUGUUCUCCACCUUACCUCCUAUACAUGCUCCAAACAAUGGUACUUCUCAGAUGUUAUUUAAGUCUGCCUU